AUGGCGCAGCAAGAAAAUCAGCAGGACCGAGACAAACUCUGCUGUUCGGUCUGUUUGGAUCUGCUGAAGGAUCCGGUGACUAUUCCCUGCGGACACAGCUACUGUAUGAACUGUAUUAAAAGCUACUGGGAUGAAGAGGAUCAGAAGCAAAGCCACAGCUGUCCUCAGUGCAGACAGACCUUCACACCGAGGCCUGCUCUGGUGAAAAACACUGUGAUAGCAGGUUUAGUGGAGGACACAAAGAAGACUGGACUCCAAGCUGCUUCCUCUGGUGUUCCUAGAUUAGGAGAUGUGAGCUGUGAUUUCUGCACUGAAAGAAAGCUGAAAGCCAUCAAGUCCUGUCUGCAGUGUCUGGUCUCGUACUGUGAGCAGCACCUCCAGCCUCACUAUGAAGUAGCUGCAUUAAAGAAGCACAAGCUGGUGGACCCCUCCCAGAAGCUCCAGGAGAUCAUCUGCUCUCACCACAGUGAGGUGAUGAAGAUCUUCUGCCGCACUGAUCAGAAGUGUAUCUGUUAUCUGUGCGCCAUGGAUGAACAUAAAGGCCAUGAAACAGUUUCAGCUGCAGCAGAAAUGAGUGAGAAGCAGAGAGAGCUCAGGGAGAGUCAGCAAAACAUGGAGAGGAAACUCAAAGAGAAAGAGGAAAUCGUGAAGGUGCUGCAGCAGGAGAUCUCUGAGCUGAGGAGGAGAAAAGCUGAGCUGGAGCAGCUCUCACACACAGAGGACCCCACCCAGUUUCUACACAACUACACCUUACUGCCUCCUCUCAGUGAAGCUACAGACUCCCCCAGCAUCAAUGUUCAUCCUCAGAGGUACACCGAGGAUGUGACAGCAGCUGCAUCAGAGGACAUCAUGAGUAAGGAGUGGACUAUAACCUCACUGAGUGGAAUUAAAGAGGAGCCUUUAGAGCCCAAAACCAGAGCUGAAUUCUUAAAAUAUAAAUGUCAGAUCACCUUCAAUCUAAACACAGCACAUCGAUGUGUUGUGCUUGGGCCUGGCUUAAAAGCAAAAUAUAAUUAUACUCAAGCAAUCAGGUAUUAUGUACACACUGACAGAUUCACUGAUUGGCCUCAGGUGCUGAGUAGAGAAGGUCUGACAGUACCUAGCUACUGGGAGGUGGAGUGGAGCGGGAAUGUUUUUAUAGCCAUAGCUUACAAAGAUAUAAGCAGGUCAGGAAGAGAGAGCACUUUUGGAAACAGUGACAGGUCAUGGGCAUUGGAGUGUUUCUGUGGUGGUUAUGAGUUCAGACAUUACGGCUCCAGCACUUUCAUCAAAGGUCCAGAGUCCUCCAGAAUUGGAGUGUACCUGGGUUACAGUAAAAUUAGAGAACAUUCCUACAGUACAAGUAUUCUGUCCUUUUACAGCAUCUCUGAAAGGACUCGAACCAUGACGCUCCUCCACAGAGUGACGGGAACUUUCACAGGGCCCUUCCUGGUUGGACUCGGUGUUUAUGGUCAUGGUUCCUUUGCUGAAAUCUGUGAGGUUUUAAGUUAA